AUGUCGACGAUCUGCAAUGACUUGUCGCCGUGGCCUCAGCUAUCCGGCAUGUUCAGAGCGCUGGAGCGAAAGGACAGAAACAACAUCUUGUUCAAAUGCCUGCUGUGCCUACUACAAGAAAAAAUCCUUUCAUGUUCAAAGGCAAGGAGCUCGAACCUCAGGAAACACGUCAAGGCGCAACAUGGGACACAAAUCCCUGCACUUGAGCGCAUCAUGAGGAAAAGAGCAGCAGAGGCAGCCGGAGACACCAUGAAGCAGCAUAAACUGAGUUUUUCAACCACGGGCGUUUCUCAGGCAAACAUUGAUGACAUGGUAGCCACUUUUGUAAUUGUCACUAUGCAACCCUUCUCUGUUGUGGAAGCCCCAAGCUUUGUGAAUUUAGUAACAAACCUGGCGCCCAACAAAACUGUGAUUACACGAAGGAUGCUGGUCAACUGGAUCGAUACCAAAUAUGAAGCAAUGCGUGCACAGUUAGUGUCAUCGCUGGAAAGCGUCCCCUACGUCACGGUUACAGCAGAUUGCUGGACGUCGUUCCGACGAGCUUACUUGGCAGCGACGGUGUCCUGGCUCUUGCCUGACUGCCUUUCGAGAAAGUCUGCAAUCCUUACGUGCCGACGCAUGACAGGGAAGAUAUCGUACGACCGCAUCGCCGAUGUUAUGUGUCAAACUUUCGACGACUUCAAACUGCACGGUAAAAUUACGAAGGUCAUCACGGACAAUGGCAGCAAUUUUGUUAAGGCAUUCAGAGUGCUAGGACCAGCAGAGCAGGGACAGGACAUGCGUGCGGACGAGGACGACGUUCCCACGGAUCCCAUAGACGUGGCUGCGCUUUUGGACAGAGUUGGGCAGAGCGAUGCAGGCGGACGUCUACCACCACACCACCGGUUUUCAGCGCACACACUGAAUCUCGUAGCGACGGUGGACGCGUCUAAGGCCGAGUCCUCUGAGAUAUUCUCCAGACCGCUCCGUUCUGUAAUGCGUACUUGCCGUUCCCUGUGGAACAAACAAGGGCAGUCAGCUACAGCUGCUGAAACUAUUGAGCGGUAUUGCGGACGUGCGCUCAUACGGCCAGUCACAACCCGAUGGAACUCCUUUUUUGACGCGAUACACUGCUUGCUGGAGCUGGACAACGCUGGCCAUGACCUUGAUGGAUUAUGCAGAGCUCUACAGGUUCCACCAUUCCAGCGACCACGAGACUUCCAAUUCAUGAAGGAGUAUUGCGAGGUGAUGAAGCCUGUGGCAGGCGCACUCGACAUCCUUCAGAGAGACUACAUAUUUCUGGGCACCUGUUGCCAACCAUAA